CUUACCAUCGUCACCUCGUCCACAUUCCCCACCUCACUUCACCACACUUGACCCUCACUUCACGUCAUCUUGACCUCACCUCACGGGCCUCCGUCCGACCAAUACAUCACCAGCUCUGACACAUAGACACGCGCGCGGGGGGAGGGGAAGCGCGAAGAGCAGAUGGUGACAUUGCGGAAGAUGACCCGAGGCAGAGCAUGAGUGGGGCAAGACGGGGAAAGACGGGCUGCGUGACUGAAGCAUCGCGUGCGAAGCAGCGCAGAGAGGGCAAGUCGUCGAGAGGAUUGGAGGGUGCAGGGGGGCUGGGGGCGGCAUCGCUUCGCUUACGAGUCAUCGCUGCCCGAGUCCUUCGUCGGAUCCGUCGUGCUGCCGUCUCCAUCGCUUCCCGGCGCGCGUGCAUUGCUGCCAAUGGCGCUGUAGUCGUCGAGGAACAGGCGCUGCACGCCGGCGUCGGAGUUGAUGAUGCGCCAGUCUUGAUGCUGCGCAUUGCGCACGUAGUCGAUGGUGCUGUUGGCGGGCAGCGCGCCGUUGGUGGACGCGGCGAGAAAGGGCAGAGAGGCGGUGAUGUAGUUGCGCAUCUUUGUGAUGUGAUCCCUUUUGCGAGCAGUGUUGCCUUGAGCAUCAGCUUCGCACCCCUGAUCGCCAUCCACUCUGUCCCGCGCGCCCACAAGGUACGCCAUGCGUCUCGCCACAAAGCGCGGUGCCAGACCCGCCUGCGUCAAGGCCACUCCGCUGGAGUUGGCGUAGGCCGGCAACACGCCCUGCAGGCCGUAUUUCCACUCGUCGAACGCAUCGCAGGAGCGACGCACUCGCUCGGGACGCGAGUCGUUGAGAUAGACAAAGGAAGCAGGGGCGCCGAUCCAGUAUUUGACACGGUCUUCCUCGCCUGUUGGGCGCAGCGUGGCGUAGCGAUGCACGAGCUGUCCGCCGCGGGAAAAGCCGGCGACGACGAGCGUGACGAGACUCGGAAAGGCGGUGCGGUCGAGAAAGUGGGAGAGCAGAGCGUCGUAUGCCUCGUACACGCCGACGUUGGAGCUGGGAGAGGAAGAGGAGGAGGAGGAGGCAGAGGGAAAGAGAGACGAGGAGCCGCCGGACCAGUCCGUCGCGGGAUCCCACACCAUGACGCUCGAGCUCGGAGGCGAGACGGACGUCGAGGCGUUGUAGGCGCGGUAGUCGAGCGUGGUGAAGAUCUGCCUGCGGAGGCGUAGGCCAUGCUCAGCAAAUCGCGUCAGGACGACAUCUCUGGACGUGUACGUACGGAGAGACAAUG